UGUGCAGGGAAAUCAAACUUGACGUUUGAAGAAGCGCUGGAAAGUGAAGACAAAGCACGGAAAAGGAUUGGAAAUCUUCCUAAGCCUCUAAAGAAGGGAAUCCUCUGGAUCUCCGCACAUACUAGGCGAGGACGGAUUGCCGAGGUUUCAGACGACGUAUUCGAGUUUACCAAACAGAGAUAUUUCAAGGGAGAAAUUAUAGAGGCGGUGAUAAACGACCAAUGGUGUGAUGCCAAGAUAACUAAGGUUAUACCCCCGACAGAACAGGAGAUACUACAGAGCCAGGAGGAGGAUGAUGAGAUAACAGAGGUGGACAAGGACGGUAGUCCAUCUAAGAAUCCAAAACCAGUAAAAUCCGGAGUAGUUCCUGAUCAUCUUUUCAAAUAUGAAGUUGAGGAGAUUGAACCUGAUGACGAGGAUAUGGUAAUGAUUCGCAUCAUCCCUGCCGAGGACGUGAAGAGGGAGAAGGGGGUGUUCACCAGGGAUAAGCUUAACCUCUACUUGAAGAAUACAGUGGAACUGGAGGGAAUGCAUUACAGGGUGAAACCGAAGGUGUCCAAGAUGUACGACCUGGACAAGGUCAGGUUUGAGGAUAUAUUUGCUGGACCCCCUCCACAGUUUACAGAGACACAGAGUAAGAAGGCGCUCCUGAACAAGAACAAGAAGGGGCAGUUUACCCUGGACGGAUGGAUCAAGGAAGAGAAAAUGAAUCCAACCAAAGGGUCACCGAAGUCUGGCCCGAGUCAAGUUAUCAAACCUGAGAAGAAGAAACAGACACCUGCAGAACUAGAAGCUGAGAUGAAAAGGAUGCGCGAAGCCCAGGCUCGGUACAAAGAGGAGAUGAAGAUAAAGAUGGAGGAAGACAAGAAGAGAAGAGCGGAGGAAAGGAUAAAGGAGAACAAGAGGAAGAAGGAAGAACAGAAGAUUAUUAAAGAACUAAUCCAGGGUUGGUCCCGACGUCGUGAGGAUUUGGAGUGUGAAGAUCUAAAGGAGCUGCCCAAACCUAUUCCUGUUCGGUGUCAUAUUCCUAACCAGUUGUUUGGGGAAUUCGUCUCUAUUCUAGAAUUCCUUAAUUCAUUCUCUGAAAUAUUGUCGUUAAAGGAUAACUAUCCCGGAGGAUUAACGUUCCAUGAGCUAGAGACUGCUCUGACAGAGCAGGAGGUUCCUGACGGAGCAUUCUUCGAUAUCCUCAGCUUUAUGCUUCUCACACUCUUCGAUCUUCAGUCUGAAGAGACCGAGGAAGCAAAGGGUGACUCUGACAAGUCUGUGCUGGAAGAGAACGAGGGUGUUCUAGGGAAGGAUGAAGAGGUGGCUCAAGCAAUCAAAGCAGCAACAGAGACCGCUAAUUAUACAAAGAAAAAUCUUGGUUUGGCUCUGCGGGAUUGUCACCUCGACAUAUGGUCUCUCACAGAGGUUCUGCGCCUUCAUCUAGAAUCCAGCGGUGCUUUUAGAGGAAUAAAUCUUCAGAACUGGAGAUUUCAACAGAGAGGGGGUUUCAGACUUAGUGAUGAUCCUGGAUUCCAGUUUUGCCGCGAGGAACCACAAAUCCUUCGCUCCUUGAACACGUGCACAGUUUCUGAACUACCAGUUGGAGACAAGCUCAAGAUUCUCACGUGUCUCAUCAACCAGAUGCUCACGUACGCAGGGGUCAGGGACGAGAUUGAUACAAGGAUGGAUAACAUGCUGGAGGGACAGAAGGAACUAAGAGAAGCCCAGUUGGCGGAGAACAAGAGGAUGAAGGAGGUCAUGGCAGAAGAGAAGAGGGAGAGGAAGGAGGAGAUGAUCAAGAAGAAAGGAGAAACUCUCAAGGAUGCAAUUAACAAAAAUAGCGAGUCUCAGCUGAAGGACGAAGAUUCCCCUGAAAUGUUGGAAUCUAAACUAGCCGAGGCUAAAACAUAUUCUCGUAAACCGGUUUUGAAACAACAAACAUUAACACCAACCGGUGCAUUACAAACUGAAGCCAAGAACGAAGACGAAUCUCAACCAAAGACUGAAAACGGUGAAAAUGGCGAAGUGGCCGCGGAAGAAAAGAUUCCCUUGAGCCCUCCCUGGGGUCGAUGUGAAGGUUCUGAGGACACCUGUCAGGUUCACUCAACAAUUCUUCCUAAAACACAUUGGUCUUUCUAUAGUUCUAUUCCUGAACUUGAUCAACUCAUAGACUCCCUGAAUCCCCGCGGAAUACGUGAAGGAGAACUCCGGGAUAGAUUAAUAGCUGAGAGAGAGAACAUGGAGAAGAGAUUAAAGAAGUGUCCCAACCCGACCAGUUCUCUCUGGUUGAGUAAGACCGAGGAGGAUAUAGAGAAGGAGGAGGAGAAGAUGCACGAGUCCUUGAAGAAGAAACGUGAGAAGAACUCUAGGUGGGGCGGAGCUAUGGCUCUCCCUGUAGGUACCAAGAUGCAGGAUAUUAUGGAGAUAUCUUUGCGAGAUCAGAUUCUAGAACUUGAGGAGAAAAUAUUCAUGGGUUCAUUGGGUGCACUAAAGGUGUCUGACCGUGAGGUUUGGCAGACCACACUCCAGACCCGUGGUUACUCCAUGUGCUGUGAUGAGCUGGAGUGGGGAGGAGAGGGAGGGAAGAAGAUGACUCCUGACCAGCUUGAAGCAGAGAGUAGGGCGGGUACACCAGACAGUAACAAGCGGAGUAGUACAGGAUCCAACUCGGGAAACAAUUUGGUGGUACGACAGCUUGCUGCCGCAAUACUACAGGUCGGACAGAUGAUUAACGAUGAGGAGAAGUUCCUAAAAUCUCCGCUAGGUGAGGAGGAGAAGGAGAGGAAGAAAAGAAUGCGGGAAGAGGAGAAGAAAAAGAAGGAAAAAGAAGCCGAGGAGGAAGAAGGUAUCAUCUGUGAGCAGAAGGAAUCAAUCCUCACCCCGUUCCAGAGAUGGGAGAUCAGUCUCAUGAAGUGCAUCAACAUUGGACAGUUGUUCCUCCAUCUAACAACCUUCGAGAACUCUGUUGUCUGGUCUAAGUCGAUCAUGAACACAAAGUGUCGUAUCUGCAGGAGGAAGACAGAUCCAGACAAGAUGUUGCUCUGUGACGGGUGUGACCGAGGACACCAUCUCUACUGUCUCAAACCUAAACUCAAAAAUGUUCCCUCCGGAGAUUGGUUUUGCAGUGAUUGUAAACCCAAGGAAAGGAUUCGGAGUCCUAAGAAGAAGGUUCGCCGAGUGUUCAGCUCUACAGAGUCUGACGAUGAGGACAACACUAUGGAUGCGGAGGAGGAGGCUGCCGAUAAAACCCUCGGUUCUGGGAUGGAAGAUGAUGAGGAUGAUGAGGAUUACAAGAACUACAGAGAUAUCAAGAAGAAGAAACCUAAAGCAAAGAAAAAGGCUGCUCCCGAACCUGAACCUGAACUUAAAAAGAAGAAGAAAGGUGGGAUUGCAAACCUGUUUGGGAAGAGAAAACCUGCGGCUGAAGUUGAACCAGAAAGUGAAGUUGAGGAGGAAGAUGAGGAAGAAGAAGAGAUUGUUGAAACCAAAUCCAAACGCGGAAAGAAGAAUAAACCUGAACCUGAGAGUGAAGAAGAAGAGGAGGAGGAAGAAGUAUCCAAACCUAAGCGUGGAAAGAGAAACAAGGAAGAGGAGAACAAGGAGAAUGCGCGUAGUAAGAGAAGACGAGAACAUGAUGAUUCUAUAGAACUACAGUUCAAUGUCGCUGGAGUAGAGAAACUUAUAAAAGGUUUGAUGAAUCACAAGGAUGGCUGGCCGUUUGACCGUCCCAUUACUAAAGUGGAUGCUCCGGAUUAUCAUAAACUUAUCAAGAAACCAAUGGAUUUAGGAACGAUUAGAUCCCGGUUGAAUGGUUUGAAGUAUGCCUGUAACCAGGAGGUGUUGGAUGAUAUCAGACUGGUUUUCAGUAAUUGCUAUCAGUACAACAUGGAAGACACAGAGGAGUACCAGUGUGCUACAAGAUUAGAAAAAUAUUUUGAAAAAGAAAUCGGUAAAAUGGGGUUAUCAGAGCAGUCGUCAAAACCGAAACGAAACCGAAGAACUUUGUAAAAAAAAAAAAACGAUUGAAAAGAGUAAUCCAUCUGUAAACGAAGUGAGGAAACGAAUUGGAAGCCGAAACCUUUUUAACCUGUUAAAUGAAUUCUCUCCCUCUCGACAGAGUACAAGAUGUAAAAAUAUUUUCUACCACUCAUAUUUGGUCUUAAUCAUAAUACAAUCAUGUUACGUAUUCAAAGCAAAGAAAAUUGUGAUAACUACUAAAACUUAUAUUUUAAAGAUGUAUUAUCGGAAAAUUAAUGCAUGAAGGAUGAAUGAAGAAAAUCAUGUCAAAUAAUAAUCAACUGUUUAGUUUUAGAGAAACUGUUUUUUAUUGUAAACCUAAUUAUGUUCACCUAGCUGAUGGAUUAAAUAUUUUGCUUGAAUCUU